AUGAUCACAAGAUCCAUAGAAAAUGACCACAAGAUCCAUAGAGGGUGCUCUGCGGAUCAAUUGAAGUUUUUGAGAAUGGAUGCACACCUCUACAAAAAUGAGGUGGCAUCGCUAUACGACAAAAAAAAAUUCAGGGUUUUAAGGAUCCACAGAGGCAUCUCUUCGGAUCGUCUUUUCUCUGCGGAUUCUUUAUUGCUCUGUGGAUCUCCUAUUCUUCCUUACUUGAACGCAGAAGGAGAUCAACAGAGGUCCUCUGCUCAAGAACAGAUCCACAGAGGAGCCCUCUGCGGAACGAUAUGUAGCCAGGAUUGGGACGUUUCGAUUCGAGUUACAGGCAGGGUGGUUGAAUAUGGUGAAACGAAAUUUUGUUUGAUUAGCGAUUUGAGAUGUGGACCAUAUGUUGAUAUAAUAAAUACAAAAGUCAGCACAAGUUCAGCAUUAAGGAAUCAGUUGUUCCCUAAUGUGAGAGAUGAAGAUUUACGGCUGAAAGAUUUAGAAGAGUACAUAAAAGGGUCAGCAUUCUCGACGUGUAGCAAUGAGGAUGCGGUAAUGGUUAUGCAAAUGAUGCUUUUGUUGACGGGUCUCAUAGGACGAGACAGCAAUACGUGCAUUCCGCCGACAGUGUAUGAGCUACGAUAG